AUGAAUCUGGACGGCGAGACUAAUCUUAAAUUGCGCCAGGCGCUUCACGAGACGUACUCGCUCGACGGGUCACAGCUGGCGAGAUUAAGAGGCACUGUGGAAAACACGCGGUUCGCGGUGGGUCUGGUGGUGUACUCGGGGCGCGAGACGAAGAUCAUGAUGAACGCCACGGAUCCGCCGUCCAAGCGAAGCUUCGUGGAAAGGCGACUAGAUUACGUCAUCCUUUUCGAGCUCGUUCUCAUGCUGUCUCUCGCGAUCUUCCCCGCAGCGGUCUUCGCGGCGCGGCUGCCGUACCAGGAGCAGUACAUGUGGUACCUGGAGCUGGAUCAGAACGCGCAGCUCACGGGGCUUAACAAGGCGCAGUAUAACGCGGACAACCCCGCCCUGGCGGGCGUGUUGCAGUUCUUCACGUGCCUCGUGCUCUAUGGUAUGGCCAUUGCCGCUCCCUGUUGUCCCCCCUCCAGCUCAUUCCCUCCAUCUCCUUCCUUCCACUUAUCCCCUCCCUUCUCAUUCAUCCCACUCUCCCCCCCCCUUUCAUCCCCUCUCCUCUCAUCCCCUCCCCUCUCAUCCCCCCCCACUCAUCCCCUCCCCCCACCCCUCUCAUCCCCCCGUCUCAUCCCCACCCCUCUCAUCCCCACCCCUCUCAUCCCCACGCCUCUCAUCCCCACCCCUCUCAUCCCCACGCCUCUCAUCCCCACCCCUCUCAUCCCCACGCCUCUCAUCCCCACCCCUCUCAUCCCCACUUCCUUGCACUACUGCUACUGCUGCUACUGCUGCUACUGCUGCUACUCUUGCUACUGCUCCUACUGCUGCUAUGGCUAG